AUGUCUGACACUGGUAACCAAGACGCCCCCGUCGAGGUCUUUGGCCAAGACUCUGCUGCCUUGCCCAAUGGCCCCACCCCUGAGAAUCUUGCCGCCAUCCGUGCCCAUGGGUGGAUGGAGAAUGAGAAGCUCAACUACGACGCGUUCAACGCUCCUACCCCAGAGACUGCUCCCACCUGGGCCAGCGCCGCUAGAGUUUACGAGUGGACUGGCGAAGAGGGUGACAUCGGUCCCCCGGACUCUGAGCUUGAAGAGCAGCUGUUUGGUGGAGAGCAAACCAGGGCCGGCACCUCGCUGGACCACAUUCUGAACUUCAAGGCCAUCGUCGACGGCCCUAAGCAGUACAAGCCCAUCGACAGCGUUCGUCCCUCCUUUUUCGAUCAAAUGACAUGUAUCGCUGACUUUCUUGCANNGUUCGAGGCCGCCGGCCUUCACCCCCAAGUUCUGGACAAUGUGAAGCUUUGUGGCUUUGACCAGAUCACAGUCAUCCAAGCAUACUGCGUUCCAAUCAUCCUUGCUGGCCACGAUCUUGUCGCCGUCGCCCAGACUGGCUCAGGCAAGACCGCCGCAUAUCUCGUGCCUAUCAUCUCAAAGUUGAUGGGCAGNGUUCGCAAGCUCCAGGGACCCCGUCCUGUCGCCGGCAGCCGCGUCCGAGCCGAACCCCUUGUCGUUAUUGUUGUGCCGACCCGCGAGCUGGCCCAACAGAUCUUUGACGAAGCUCGCCGUAUCUGCUACCGCUCCAUGCUGCGCCCUGUUUGCGCCUACGGUGGCGUUCCUAUGGGUACCAACCUCCAAGAGCUCGGAAAGGCUUGUGAUCUUCUCAUCGGUACGCCUGGCCGUCUCCAGGACUUGAUGAACAAGCCCAACGUUCUUUCGAUGAAGCGCGUCAAGUUUACCGUGAUUGAUGAAGCUGACGAGAUGCUCACUCCUGACUGGGAGACCGAGAUGAGCAAGAUCAUGGGUGGCGGUGACCCUGACCACAAGUACCUCUUGUUCUCUGCCACCUUCCCAAAGGAGUCACGCAAGGUGGCCAAGGCUUACAUGGACGAGGAUGCCAUCCGCGUUCGCAUUGGUCGUGCUGGAUCUACACACAAGAACGUCAGCCAAGACAUCAUCUUUGUCGAACGCAACAUGAAGAAGCAAGCUCUCCGCGACCUGCUCAUGUCUAGAGAUGCUUGCCGCACCCUCAUCUUCUGCAACAGCAAGGGUGGAGUCGAAGAGCUCGAUGAUUAUCUCUACAACGAGGGCUUCCCGACCUUCUUCAUGCAUGGUGAUCGUUCUCAACUCGAGAGACAGGACGCUAUGAGAAACUUCAAGAACAAGAAGAACGGCAUUCUGAUCGCCACCAACGUCUUCGGCCGAGGCAUCGAUGUUCCUCAGGUGAAUCAUGUUGUCUGUUACGACCUUCCUGGUGUCGAAUAUGGCGGCAUCUCGGAGUACAUCCACCGUAUCGGCCGCACCGGCCGUAUUGGACACAACGGUCACGCCACCUCGUUCUACAAUGAACGUAACGAGGACCUCGCUCCUUUUCUUGUGAACAUCCUGCUCGAAACCGACCAGCCCGUCCCCGACUUCCUCGAGCAAUACAAGCCCGAGACUGGCAAGGCAGAGUUCGACGAUNNGACAACACCGACGAUGAGGGAGGAGGAGGAGGCUCAGCCAGGCUAUGUCGCUGCCCCUGGUGCCGGUGCUUCUUUCGACGCUCCUUCUGAUGCUUGGGGUGCUGAAGCCCCUGCCGUUACCGCUACUACUCAGGCUGAUGCCUGGGGCACUCCCGCCGGCGAGGUCUCGUGGUAA